AUGGCGUCGCCCCAGGAGGACUGGCAAGACCCGACAGGCGGCGUCCUGACAGCCGUGCUGGAGGCCUGCGAGGCCGACGCACCCGAGGAGCUGGCCCAGCUGCUGCAGCAGCUUGCGGAUGGCGGCUGGGAUCCCAACGUGCCGGGCCCCGACGGCGACACGGCCCUCCACAUAGCCGCUCUGUACGGCAGUGAGGCCUGUGUCGACCAGCUGCUGGCUGCCGGGGCGGCGGCCGCCACCACAAACCCCGAGGACGGCACCACACCCUUCCAUGAUGCGGCGGCCGGCGGCUAUGAUUCAAUCCUGACCAAGCUCGCGGCUGCAGCUGCGCGGCAGCUGCCUUGGGUGGCAGCGACGCUGGUUGCCCCUGCCGACGGGCCUGGGGACGACAGCGACAGCAUGCAGCGGCCGGCAGGGGCGGACGAGGGAGGGGCGCGCAGCGGCACGGGUGACGGGGGCGCUGAGCUGGCCGCAAUCGUGAACCUGAGGGACGCCGAAGGAGAGACAGCGCUGCACGCAGCGGCGCGCGGCAACCACCUGUCGACGGUGCGGCUGCUGCUGUUGCUGGGCGCGGACGCUCUGCUGGCGGCUCAGGGCGGGGCGCUGCCGGAGGAUGAGGCGGAGGAGGAGGCGGUCGUGGCACUGCUCAGGGGCGCGGCUGGGACGGAGCGGGCGGUGGGGAGCAGGGAGUAG